GCCCAUUUGACACCUACAAAUAAAAACCUAAAAAAAGCUCUCUUCUUCUUCAUCAUCUUCGCGUAGCGUUUUUGCUUCUCUUCUUCAUCAAACAAAAUCUUCUUUCUCUAUAAAUCAGAUAUGGAUGAUGCCGUUGACUCAAGUUACCGUCCAGGUCCAGAUUUUGUGGACGAUGACAGGGAACCUUUGAUUAAUCUCCACUCCACCGACUCCACUGAGCUAUGGCUCAUUCAGUUGCCUCUUGAUCAGAAUCUGGAAUUCGAUGGGCAACAAGUGUCCCUUAAACUUCAGGGUGAUGGGCAUAUAGGCUCCCUCAAGAGUUCAUCUGGAAAAUCAUAUGAAAUGUAUAGCCUGAAAUCCCAGGGUCCAAAGGAAACAGUCUUCUUGUCUUCAGGGUCAGAGGCGAAAAUUGCUGGGAAGAUCUCCAGGCACGUUUCACUGAUUCACUACCCCGACCCUAGUGAAGUGCAAAAACGCAGUAUCUUGAACUUUAGUCUGUCUCAGCGGUCUUCCAUGACUACAUCAUCUUUGUCUGGUCAUCGUUUGGCCACUCCUAGUCGGAGUACGAAGACUAGAAGCUCUCAAGGAAUGAGCGGCUAUUCAACUCCAAGCAGCAGAACCAAGCGUACAGUUACUGGAUCAGUGGAGCCUUCAAAGUCUUCAAAGAGAAAACGUGUGGAUUCAGCUCAAGAUUCAGGAAAAACCAACAGCGUUGUUACCUCUAUUGAUUCUGUGCAGCACUCGCAGGAAACAAAGUCGAAAAAGAAAAGAACUGAAAGGUGAACUGCACAAUACCGAUCAGUGCAUUUGAUGAUGCCUUGAUUCUAAAUGAGAGCAUGUCUCGAUAAAGGACUUUAGAGUGGCCAGAUUUGCAGGAUUGUUCGAAUUUAAAUUCUGUAUUCCUGUCGUCAGUUGGUAUUUGUAUCCCCUUAUAAACUUAAUGAAUUAUGUAGAAAAUUCGAAAGUUCAGUUAGUGUUACUGGAUUCGUUUAUUGCUUAAGUUUAUUUCA